AUGAUAUUGCGUAAAGUGACCAGUGGUCGAAGACUUGAUGGCAAAGUAGUGGUGAUCACCGGCGCUAACACUGGUAUUGGCAAAGAAACAGCAUAUCUACUGUCAUUACGAGGGGCUAAGAUAUACAUUGGAUGUCGUGAUAUAAAAAAGGGAGAAACAGCUAUUCAGGAGAUCAAAGCUCGUAAUCCGGACUCAAAUCUCACACUUUUUAAAUUGGAUUUAUCGUCAUUAAAAUCGGUCCGAUUUUUCGCUAAUCAAAUUAAAAACGCCGAAAAAACUGUAGAUUUACUUAUAAAUAAUGCCGGAGUAAUGGCCUGUCCUCCCAGUGUUAGCGCUGAAGGCUAUGAAUUACAAUUGGCUACCAAUCACCUAGGGCAUUUUCUAUUAACCCUGCAUUUACUACCUUUAAUGAAACGGUCUAAAAGUGCUCGCAUUGUGAAUGUAUCAUCAUGCGCACACCUCGUCGGCCAAAUUGACCUGGAUAAUAUUAAUUUAAAGCAUAACGCAUAUGACCCGUUUAAAGCGUACGCUCAGAGCAAACUGUGCAAUGUGCUAUUUACCAGAGAACUUGCUAAACGAUUACCCGGGUCAAAUAUUAAUGCCUACGCCCUUCAUCCGGGUAUUAUUGAUACAGAGAUCGCCCGACACGGAAAGCCUGCGAACGGUUUUAUGAAACGUUAUUUGGUUUUAAACGCAUUCAUGGGAUCCCAGACCACACUCUACUGUAUUGGUGUUCAAUCUUUUUUAGCAUAUCACAAGUACAGAUUCACAGUGUGCCAUAAAAAGGUGGCGCAACGGUCAGUAAAAAAGUUAAGUAAUUGUCGUCGCGUUAAGCAUAUGGUGUCCAACGCCAGGGAUGACACCACCGCUCGUCGACUCUGGGAAUUGAGCGUCGAUUUAGUCAAUUUGGAAACGGAGCUCAAGAUUUAA